AUGGACAAUAUGGACCAGUCGGUCGAGCAGCCCCGGGAUGCAAACGUGCCAAAGCUUCCAGGAUAUGGUCUCCCCGUGGACUUUAUGCCGCCGAAAGGGGAACGGUUCCCAGUCCUGGUUGGCGAUAGAGACGACGGCUGGCUUGCUGCUACCCUUACCAGACGAGAAUCUUGCAUGCUCAAGGUGAUGGAGGACCUCACAAACAAGCCAGAUUGGUGGCGCAAGGUUCGCGAUCCAAGUAUUGCCGCUCGGUGGAAGGACGAGAUUCUCGCUGUAGACUGGGCGGCCCAUCAUCCCUAUGCUGAUUUUACACCCAAAAUGGCCGAUGCGUGCAUCGAAGAGCUGCUGAAAAAGGCUCAUCUAUAUGAGGCAACGUCGCUGAUUCCUGUCCUUGACUAUUCCGCUGCUGUGAUCAAGUCCGACGCCCUCGUGCCAGACAGCCUGCUGCAGGAGCUCUCGCAAGCUGUCAAGGUGCUCGAAGAAGUUCCUGACGACGAAAAGGACUGGCACCCGGGAUCUGACCGCAAGGUGCUCGAUCUGGUGCAUCCUUCUCUCUAUCCGCUAACGUAUGGACGGUCGCGGAUAUUGCCGGCCAAGGAGAUCAAUGCCCAAGACUGCCUGGAUCAUGCGGGCAGCGGUGAGAUUAUCCCACGGCCCGAUGCCGGCGAUUUGCAACGCUGGGGCAAUGAGGAAGCCUUUUCGUGCAAUUACCAGUGGCUGCCCUCCAACGUCGCAAUCGGCCAGGAGGGAGAUGCAAGCAUCACCAGCUACAUCAACAACCUGCAUCCGGUCAAGCACAGAAACAUUUACCCCAUCAUCGAGCGCUUCAUCACCAAGUCCCUGCCAGCCUGGGAUCUGAUCUAUCGCUGGCCCGAUGACAUGAUGUUCCAGCGGCUAUCUACCGCCGUGGUUGGUCCCGAGUGCUCGACCGAGGAAGCCUGUGCUGAAUCGUAUGAGUGUUUGCCGUCCAACAGACCUCUCGACGAGGACGAGCCGCCGCGUGAGGAGGAUGAAGAGGAGGACGAUGGCUACGACGAAUCAGAGCGCAGCCGGCGGGACAUCAAGUGGUUCAUGGAGACGCACCCGGCCAUGCUGCCGGAUGCCGUUUUGACCGCCGAGGCAAGCAGUGACGAACAGAAGCAACGCUUGUUUAGCGUGACCCCGGAUAUGGUCAAGACCAGCGGGUUUUUCAACUCGGCCCAGCGGCUUCAAGUCAUUGUCAAGCUCGCAAGCAUACACCUGACGCCCCAAAAUCCCAGAUACGACGGCGGCUCGUGGCACAUAGAAGGCCAGCUCAACGAGCACAUAUGCGCCACGGCGCUGUACUACUACGACAGCGACAACAUCUCCGAGUCACGCCUUGCCUUUCGCACAUCUGCCGACACCGAGGAGCUCAGCUUCAACCUCGACUACAAACAAGGCGACGUGCGUUCCAUUGCGAGGACAUUUGCCGUCGACCAGGAACACGAGGCUUCCACCUUGCAGGACGUGGGCUCGGUGCUCACGAAGCAGGGCCGGGCCAUCUUCUUCCCCAACGUGCUUCAGCAUCAGGUGCAGCCAUUCUCGCUCGUCGACGAGACCCGGCCUGGCCACCGCAAGAUCCUGGCCCUUUUCCUGGUUGACCCCGCGAUCCCCGUCAUCUCCACGGCGAAUGUGCCUCCGCAGCAGCGUCAUUGGUGGCUCGCCCAAGAUAAUCUCCAGCGGGGAAGCCGACUUCCCCCGGAGAUUACGCAGAUGGUGCUGGACAACAUGCAUUUCGUCAUUGGCGACGACGAGGCGAAACGUGUCCGGAAGGAACUCAUGUCGGAACGAACCAAGAUGCAACGCGGUGCAACCGAGACCCUCAAACAAGUCAAUUUCAACUUUUGCGAACACUGA